AUGUCCUUCAAUCAAUCAAAAACCGAAAAGAACGACGCCGCUUAUCGAAAGUCCGGGCGAUCGUCUAGCUUCAAUCAGCAGAGAGGUCCUUCAGGCGCACAUGGAAGGGGCAGCGGCGGACCCGCGCCGUCGAACAACUCUGCUAAUCCACUCUCCUCUAAUAGGAGUUUUAACAAGAAGUCUAAUAAUGCACAAGGUGGGCAAUAUAGGGUGAACCCUUCUCAAGUGAAUUCAACAGAGUCAAACAGUGCUUCUGCUGCUCGAACCCUGCAUAAUGGUACUCAUGUACAACCACAAUUGCAUGGAGCAUCUGAUGGGCCGGUUGCAAAGGCAUCUGAAUCAACCACCGCACAGAGGAGCCCUAGAGUUGUUCCAAAUCCAACUUCUCAACCACCCCCCGUGAGCUCUGAUAAAACCACUCCUACAGGCCCUGCUAAGGGAGAUGCAUCAAAGGCAUUCCCUUUUCAGUUUGGAUCGAUUGUUCCUGGCUUUAUGAAUGGAGUGGCUAUUCCCGCUCGUACAAGCUCAGCUCCUCCUAAUUUAGAUGAGCAGAAGCGUGAUCAGGCUCAUCAUGACUCUGUUAGAUCUGUGCCUUCAGUGCCAAUACCUCCUGUUCCAAAGCAGCAGCAGCAACAACCACCUAGGAAUGAUUCAGGUGUAACUGAGAAAUCUAAUGCCAAGGAGACUAAUGUGGGGGCUAAGGCGAAGAAGGACCCUCAAGUUCCAGCUUUGAUCCCGGCAAGCCAGAUGCUGAAGCCUUCUGUUCCUGCAACUGGGAUUUCAAUGUCUACACCAUUUCAGCAGUCACAUGCAUCUUUACAGUUUGGUGGUCCUAAUCCGCAGAUUCAAUCUCAGGGGAUGUCCUCGACACCCCUCCAUCUUCCUAUACCAAUGCCUAUACCAAUGGGGAACGUUCCCCAAGUGCAACCGCCGGUUUUUGUUCCUGGUCUUCAGCCUCAUCCAAUGCACCCUCACGGGAUCAUGCAUUCAGGCCAUAACUUAAGUUUCACUCAUCAAAUGGGCCAUCAGAUGCCCCAUCAAAUGAGUAACAUGGGCAUUGGCAUCAGCCCUCAAUAUCCCCAGCAUCAGGCUGGAAAAUAUACUCCUCGGAAGACUACUACAGUCAAAAUAACUCAUCCUGAAACGCAUGAAGAGCUCAGGCUUGAUAAAAGGGCAGGUGGAUAUUCAGAUGGUGGGUCAUCUGGUGCAAGGUCACAUCCUAAUGUACCUUCCCAAACCCAACCUGUUAAAUCCGUUGCCGUUUCUCAGCCUACAAAUUAUCAUCCUUAUAGUUCCAGUCCUCCCUAUUAUCAACCUUCUAGUUCUCUUCCAUUAACAAGUAGCCAGAUAACUCCGAACGCUCAGCCACCAAUAUUUAAUUAUCCUGUGCACAAUGGUCCACAAGGUCCACAAAACGUGGCUUUCAUUAAUUCACCGUCUCUUAGUUCUCUGCCAGUUAAUCAAAUAAGCCCUCCUAUUCCUAGCAUUGCUGAACCCCCCAUUGCGGAACGUUCUCGUCAGGUGCCUAAUGUGACGGCAUCAGCUUCAUCGGGGGUUGCUUCCGUGACUAUUAAACCAAAUGGCGUGUCUGCUGUGAAGGACUCGUCGUUGACUAAUUCUAGUGUUUGCGGUGUUCAAAAUACCGAAGCUCGUAGUUCAGUAUCUUGCGAUGCUAGUUCCCCUUUACCCGAAAAAGUAUCUGAAACUUUCUCAGAAGUCUCUCCGCAACUGUCUAAAUCUUCUGAGGAAAUUUUGCCAAAACAAUCUGCCGCAUCUGUUGUUGUCACUGCUGAUAAGGUUACAGUGCUACCUACGUUAGCUGUGCCAGAGGAUUCUGUUUCUGUUUCUGUUGUGACAAAUAAUGAAUCCAGCACGAGGGAACCUAUUAGUCGGUCCAACUCUUUGAAGGAUAACCAGAAGAAACCUGGGAAAAAAGGCCAAUCAUCUAAAGAUCAGGUUUCUUUGCAAUCUCCUACUGUGGCUAUUAUGCCGUCUCGAGCUGUUGACAGUGAUAUAUCUGAAUCUGGGGUUUCCACACCUGUAGGAAGUGAAACAAACCACUCUCCUUCAGCUGUUGCUCAAGUGGCUGAUAGUUUGAGUAAUCAUAAGCAUGAUCUGAUAGAUGAAUCAUCCGAAGAUCUUCAGUCUGCUGAUUUACCAGAAACAACAGCAAAGGAAAUCAAUGAUAGUGCAGAUAAUGCUUGCAGCGACUCAAUGUCAGUUUCAGGAACCAAGGAUACACCAAAUUUAGAACCAAAUAAGGUGAAAACUACAUCUAAAGGGAAGAAGAAACUAAAAGAGAUUCUCCAGAAAGCAGAUGCUGCCGGGUCAACUUCUGAUCUUUAUAAUGCAUACAAAGGACCCGAGGAAAAGAAAGAAACUGUUUCAAUUUCAGAGAGCACAGAAAGUGAAGCUACAUCUGAAGGGUUAAAGCAGUUAUCUGCAGAUUCUGCUCAGUUAGAUGCUACCGUAAGUGAGAAAUGUGGUCACUCUAAAGUCGAACCUGAUGACUGGGAGGAUGCAGCUGACAUGUCUACAAAAAUUGAAGUUGAAGAUAAAUCUCAACAGGUCAUUGAUGGAAGUGGAAGUACAGCAAAAAAGUAUUCACGUGAUUUUCUUUUGAAAUUCGCAGAGCAAUGCAUUAGUCUUCCUGAUGGUUUUGAAAUUACAGCAGACAUAGCUGAUGUUUUGGUUAGCGCCAACUUUAGUAAUUCUCGUGAUUCACAUCCUAGUCCUGGAAGAACUGGAGACAGGUCAAGGAUGGAACGCCGUAGUAAUGUUGUGGCUGAGGAAGACAGAUGGAAUAAAGGUUCUAAUUCUUUUCAUUCUGGGCGUGGUAUGGAUGUCACUGGUAGUAAUGGUGGACCUCGGCAUGGCCAAGGAGGUAAUUAUGGUGUUUUAAGGAAUCCUCGUGGCACGGCACCCCUCCAAUAUACCGGGGGAAUCCUUGGUGGGCCAAUACAAUCUGUGGGAAGUCAGGGUGGAAUGCAAAGAAGUAGCCCUGAUGGGGAGAGGUGGCAGCGUUCUCCUAGCUUCCAGCAGAGGGGCUUAAUUCCUUCUCCCCAGUCUCCCUUACAGAUGAUGCACAGGGCCGAGAAGAAGUAUGAAGUGGGUAAAGUCUCAGAUGCGGAAGAGGCAAAGCAGAGGCAACUGAAGGCUAUCUUGAACAAACUAACUCCUCAGAAUUUCGAUAGACUUUUUGAACAAGUAAAAGCAGUUAAUAUUGACAAUGCAGUCACUCUCACUGGUGUCAUCUCACAAAUCUUUGAGAAGGCUCUGAUGGAACCUACCUUCUGUGAAAUGUAUGCCAACUUCUGCUCACAUCUGGCUUCUGAAUUACCUGAUUUGAGUGAGGACAAUGAAAAGAUAACUUUUAAAAGGUUAUUAUUAAAUAAAUGCCAGGAGGAAUUUGAGAGGGGUGAAAGAGAACAAGAAGAGGCAAAUAAGGUUGAUGAGGGGGAGGUCAAGCUGUCAAAUGAAGAAAGGGAGCAAAGAAGAACAAAGGCAAGAAGGCGCAUGUUAGGAAAUAUCAGAUUGAUUGGAGAACUAUAUAAGAAGAAAAUGUUGACAGAAAGGAUAAUGCACGAGUGUAUCAAAAAGUUACUUGGUCAGUGUCAGGAUCCUGAUGAGGAAGAUGUUGAAGCUUUGUGCAAGCUGAUGAGUACUAUUGGGGAGAUGAUUGACCAUCCCAAAGCCAAGGAACAUAUGGAUGUAUAUUUUGAAAGGUUGAAAAUCUUGUCAAACAACAUGAAUUUAUCUUCUAGGGUGAGGUUUAUGUUGAAGGAUGUAAUUGAUUUGAGAAGGAAUAGAUGGCAACAAAGGAGGAAAGUUGAUGGUCCAAAGAAGAUUGAAGAAGUGCACAGAGAUGCUGUGCAAGAGAGGCAGGCUCAAGCUCAAGCUGGUAGGAUGGGUCGCGGUAUGGGUAACAAUCAAUCUGCAAGAAGGAACCCUAUGGAUUUUGGUCCUAGAGGAUCAUCUAUGUUGUCUCCGCCUUCUCAGACGGGUGGACCGCGUGGGAUGUCUUCUCCAGCCCGUGGAUAUGGUGGUUUACAAGAUGCUCGUUUUGAAGAAAGGCAAUCUUAUGAGCCUAGGACUUUGACAGUUAAUUUACCUCAAAGACCCUUAGGUAAUGAUUCUAUAACAUUGGGACCCCAAGGUGGUCUUGCUAGGGGAAUGUCCAGCAGAGGAUCAACAACAAUUUCAAAUUUCUCAAUACCAGAUGUGCAUUCUGGCCCUGGAGACUCUCACAGAAUGCAGAGUGGUAUUAAUGGUUAUAACAAUUCAUCUGAGCGCAUGCCGCAUGGCUCAAGGGAGGAUCCUGCAUCAAGAUAUAUUUCAGACAGAUCUUCAAGUCUAGCUGGAUAUGAUCAUUCAAAUGCUCCAGAGCAUAAUAUAAACUAUGGUAACAGAGACUUGAGGAAUGAUGAUCGGAAUCUUGGCAGACCAGUUGCAACUUCACCUCACCCUCAGUUGCAGGGGCCAGUUGUCUCCCAAAAUGCUUCCUCAGAGAAGGUUUGGUCAGAGGAACGACUCCGGGAGAUGUCCUUGUCAGCAAUCAGAGAAUACUACAGUGCUAGAGAUGUAAGUGAGGUUGCUCAAUGUAUCAAAGAUUUGAACUCUCCAAACUUUCAUCCUUCCAUGGUUUCUAUCUGGGUGAUAGACUCGUUUGAAAGAAAGAACACUGAAAGAGAUCUUUUGGCCAAACUGCUUGUCAAACUUGGGAAAUCUCAGGAUGGCCUUUUGACUCAAACUCAGUUUAUCGAAGGGUUCGAGGCAGUUCUCAGUGAUUUGGAGGAUGCUGUUAAUGAUGCCCCGAAGGCGCCGGAGUUUCUUGGCUGUAUUUUUGCAGAACUUAUAACAGAGAGUUUAGUCGGUUUGAAUGAGAUUGGGCAUUUAAUACAUGAUGGUGGAGAGGUGCCAGGUAGUCUCUUAAAAUUUGGACUUGCAGCUGAUGUUCUUGGAAGCACAUUGGAGGCUAUAAAACAUGAGAAAGGGGAUGCCGUUCUAAAUGAGAUUCUGACAAGCUCAAAUUUGCAGUUGGAGUCUUUCCGACCACCUAAUAAUUCCAGUACAUCAAGGAAGUUGGAGAAGUUUAUUUAG